AGGCUGGGGCCUGCCCGGCGCUUCUCCAGGCUCCUCAAGCGCCCUGCGGGUCCCUUCAGCCCUGCCUGGGGCCCUCUGCCCGCCGUGGCCCCCGUCCCGUGGGUGCGGCUGUGCCCAUCGCCACGGCGUGGGUGGGGUACAGGGUGAAGCGCUCCCAUCCCGCGUGGAGCCGGGAGCGGGGUGGCAGAGCCCGGACGGGGGGCAGCACCCCAGGCCCUCUCUGACCCCGGAGCAUCCCCUCUGGCCAAGCGUGGCCCCUCCGGAACUGGGCGUGCGUGGGCAAAGUUUGGAUGCUGGCUUCCCGCUGCGGGACUCAUUCCCCUUCCUCUCUGCCUGCUUCGGGUCGCGCUGUGCUCUCCAGCCCUGACACCUCCUGGGGUGGGUCACGGCUUGGUGUGGGAGCUGCGUCAGAGCCCCUGCGUGCCAAGGCAUGGGCGGGCACCUCCUGGGGUCGGGGCUGUUUGUGGACCCCCAUCCAGGUGCCCAGCUACAUCUCCCCCUAAGGAUGGAGGGCACCAGGCGCUGUUUUGCCAGGCUGCCCCUCACCCAGGGUGCUCAGCCGGCACUGGAGUUGCCCCCGAAGGGUUGUGGCCAGACAGCAGUGAAGAGUUUGAGGGCUGCCUGGGCUGUGCAGCCUCUGCUCCAGGCAGCACUCCCUGCUCUGUGCCUCGCCAGGCGGCUCGGGAAGCCUCCGCUUUAUUAUUUGUUUAAAAAGCAGCGAAGUCGCAGCUCCUCCUCACACCUCCUCCUGCUGCCACCGCCGACAGCCGCCGUGGGGGACGGAGCGCUGGGGAAAUCCACACGGGAAAGCUGCCGUCCUGGGCUGACCCCUGAGCCUGCCACUGGGGCUCUGCUGCUGAGGCCACACUCGCCUCCUCUUCCUCCUCCUUCAUCUCAGUGACACAGGCUGGAGCAGCAUCUGCUCUGCUGCGGAGCUGUUUGUUGUUUCUAAGAAGGGUCUCCUGUGGAAGUGCCCAGCUGGAGCCCAGGACUGGGUCAGUGAGACCCGAGGGGAGAUUGGCUGGUGCCAGCAGCGGGGCUGGGGAAAGCUUUUGAUGGUGCUCAGGAGAGAGGAUACCCCUUGCUAGCUUGCUCUGCUUUUCUCGUGACUCCCUGUCAUCAUGUACCCAGCUCUUGUGGCCUUCCUUGCCGUGACAUCUGCCCACCCUGGCAGACAGUCUCUGCCACAGUGAGGCUGUGCCUGAUGCUGGCAGACCCUCACACACUGAUGCCUAGCUGCCUGCAGCCCCUUCCCAAUGCCAGACCCUCUGACUGCCAAAAGUGUUUCUUUCAAAGGUGGGUCAGAGGCUCCCAUGCUCUUCUCAGCAAAGUUCCCAAGAAAGUGUUGCUUUUUCAGGGUGUUAUUAAAAAAAGAGCUUUCAAACCAGCAUCUGGCCCCCACUGGUAUCUACCCUUCCUAUGGCCAGACCCAUGGCAUGACUGAGAAGACUUUGCCAUCCUGGCAGCAUGGGCACUGUUGUCCCCAUCAACCCUGGGCUGAUAAGGGCAAGUGAGGAGCCAGCAGAGCUGAUAGUGAGCACUAGGUCCUUAUCUUCCUGCAGCAACAGUCUCUGCAGGGGCAAAGAUAGCAGGGAUGCUGUGGGUGCUGGUGUGCCCAGGGGAACAGCCCGGAGAGGAAUUGGAGGGUCCUUUGUGCCCAGGGCCUGUGCUGUGAGGGUGGCAGGAUGCUGCAGCGUGCCGGGGGCUGACGCCUGGCACCACCAGCUGCGGGGAGUGGGACCCCCACCGCCCGCACAUGCUCCCCGUGAGCUGCCGGGGCGGUGCCCCGUGAGGAGCAGCGGCGGCGGGCACCCGCCCGGCCAGAGCCGUGCCCGCAGCCGCCGUGCCCCCGUGCCAGCCAUGACCAGCCUGUUCCGCCGCAGCAGCAGCAACGGCAGCUCGCGGGGAGGCUCCUCCGCGCAGGAGCUCAACAACAGCCGCCCCAGCAGGCAGGUCCGGCGCCUGGAGUUCAACCAGGCCAUGGAGGACUUCAAGACCAUGUUCCCCAACAUGGACUACGACAUCAUCGAGUGUGUGUUGAGAGCCAACAACGGCGCCGUGGAUGCCACCAUUGACCAGCUCCUGCAGAUGAACCUGGACAGCAGCGGCUGCGACGACAGCUCUGACUCUGAGGACAGCAUCCCCCCGGAGAUCCUGGAGCGGACCCUGGAGCCGGACAGCUCGGAUGAGGAGCCCCCUCCUGUCUACUCCCCUCCUGCCUAUGAGAGCCAGGCCCUGGGCAGCUGCUACCCCCGUGCACCACCCACCCCACCACCCAGGACGGACGUGCCAGGGCCUGGCAGCACCCCAGCCCCUAGGCGCUACAGGAACUGGAACCCACCGCUCCUGGGCAACCUCCCCGAGGACUUCCUCCGCAUCCUGCCCCAGCAGACCGUGGGCACACAGGGCUCGCAGAGCUGCCGGCAGGCGGUGCCGCGGGGGCUGCCCGCACGGAGCCAGGGCUCGCUGGAGCAGGAGCGGCGCUGGAAGCAGUACCUGGAGGACGAGCGGAUCGCCCUCUGCCUGCAGAACGAGGAGUUCAUGAAGGAGCUGCAGAGGAACCGAGACUUCCUGCUCGCCCUGGAAAGAGCCCAGCAAAAUCCAUGGGGAGGAGCCUCGGAAGUUCCCUCCGAGCCCAGCCUGGCUGAUGUGCGCUCCCUGCCUAUGUGCUGUCCCCAGGGCCUGAACUGGAGAGCACUUCUGCCACGAGUGCUGCUUCCCUCCCGCGGGCUCCUCACUGAUCGACUGAAAUACGAGUCAAAAAAAUCCAAGUCGAGCAGUGCUGCUGCCAGCAACGACUUGGGCUGCUCCUCCGCGUUGGCAGGUGAGGCAACCCCCCCUGGGAGCAGUGAGGCCGGCGGGGCCGUGUCUGACGAUGCCUUAUUCAGAGACAAACUGAAGCACAUGGGGAAAUCCACGCGCAAGAAGCUGUUUGAGCUUGCCAGAGCCUUCUCUGAGAAGACAAAGAUGAGGAAAUCCAAACGGAAACACUUGCUGAGGCACCAGCUGAUGGGGACAGCAGCUUCCACAGCCAAUCUUCUUGAUGAUGUUGAAGGACAUUCAUGUGAUGAAGACUUUCAGGCACGGAGGCAGCAGCUCCGGGAGGAAGAGGAGAUGCUGAAGGAAGGGCAGUAAAUGGUGAGAGGCAUCUAGGGAUGAAUGAAUGCUUCCUGGUCCCAGCACUGGGUUUUGGUGCUGGCACAGGACCUGCUCAAGGCUUCACCAGAAGAUGGCUGAAAAAGGAAAAAAACCCACCCAACAGUAACCUGGAGUUUUGGCUGUUCCCCCUCUGCCGUUGUACUCCUCUGCAGUACGAGUCUCCAAGGGAGGCACCAGGUUUUCUUACCGGCGGCUUGAAAACAACUUCUGGAGAGCAAAUCAGCCAAAAAGGAAAACAAACAAACAGGAAUAAAUAAUAAUAAAAGGAGCUGGCAGCUGCUGUGAGCUGCUGUGGAGGAGCCAGCGGAGCUCAGACUUGGGAGGAGGAGCAGCAGCCUCCAGCCUGCUCUCGGUCCGAGGAGCACUGCAAGGAGGAACGGAAAUCAGUUGUGCUACGGAGGAAGCAUCCAGCUGUGGAGUCUGCUUGGCUCCUGGGCAUAUCCCUGUGGGAUCUGAUGGAACUUUGCUCUGUGCACACGGGACACAAACCAAGCACCUGAGAGAGAACCUAACAGUUGCUGCCUGCUAUUGCUAGGAGUAAGGAGCGGAGGUUCAGGUCAGGCGAUAGAGAACACGAAUUGUUUAUAAAAGGAAAGGCUUCUUUUGCCAAGGCCUUUCACUUGGAUUAAACCUUUGCCUUUGGCAUUGCUAAAACUGCCUUGAAGUCAGGCUGCUGUGUGCAGGGGCAGUGCCAAGGGCUGCGCUAGCAUCGCUGUGAUGCUGCCUGCCAGAGCAGGAUGUGGCCUGCUGGGCACAGCAUGGUGCUGGUCCUGGCUGCUGGGCAGGGUGCUCAGCAGCUCUGGGGAUGCCCCUCACCAUCUCCAACUGAGCCACUUGGGUCUAGUUGGAGGUGUCCCUGCUGACUGCAGGGGGGUCGAACAAAAUGACCUUGGAGGGUCCCUCUGGCUGUGAUGCUGUGAGGUGCAAGUUCAAGCUGAGGGGUUUGCAGCUGAGGCUGCUGCAGGUGACUUGAGCACACACAAGUCGCACAAAGGGCUUGUGAGCGCUGCUGGCUUUGGUGCAGGGCUGGUGCUGGCACCGUGGCAGAAGCAGAGCACCCUUCUUGAUGCCCACUCUGGGGAGCAGGGCAAGGGGCUGGGGCUAGCAGGCACUGUUGCAUCUUUUGGAGGUGCUGUCAGGCUAAAAAUGAUGCUGCAAGCGAAUUCCUCCCCUGUGUAAGUGACGAGUUGGGAGGGUAACGGCAGGAGUUGCCGCCCCCAGCACGUUUUGUUUUCUCCUUUAUCCACAUAAUCUGUUGACUGCUAAAUGCAGGAGGUGGCUCUAGACGUGCCUGCUCCACUCUGCUGGCUCCCGCGAAGCAGCACAAAUGUUGCAAGAUGGGAGCUGCGAAGGCGGCAGACGCAGAAUCCGCAGCCAUCAAACACACACCCGACUGUUUGCCCUGCCUCUCGGCGGGGUUUGCUAACAAAAGCCCACACUGCAGACGCUGGCUCCCGACAGGCUGCUUUGCGGUGCCGCCCGCAGCCGCUUGCCUUUGAAGUGGACGCCAAGAGCCGCUCCUGCGCGCUGCAGCUGCUGCACCUGUUGAGUGUCGCUGCCGUCGGCAGGGGUUGGUGGAGAUCUGAGCCAGCGCUGGGGCUGCUUUCGGGUGUCUGGGACUGCGGGGUCCUGGUAGUGCCCCAUGAGCACAGAUGAAGUGCUCCUGGCAGUGCCAGGGGCUGGCCAAACCCUGGGGUGUGAAGGGUGAGGGCAGGGUGUGCUGGGCUGGAAGCAGCUGGAGGUGCCAGCCAGCUUUGGGGUGCUGAAUUCCGAGCGGCAGCAGAGCCUCCCCACCCAGCCCGUCCCGGCUUUGGUGUCUGCUCUUUUUCUUCUGAGGGAAGGACUGAGGAGCACCCCUGGAGUCAUGGCCCCCCGGCGGAUGGGUUAGAGCCAUUUCAAGUGGCGCUGGCUUUGCUGUGAGCGUGCAGGCUCUGUGCCUGCUCCCUGCCGUGUGCCCGGCUGUCGGCUGCAGGUUGGUGCUGGAGAGGCACCGAUGCCCUUCACUGGGCUGGGCAAGGUGGGUGUCUGGAGGAGCCUGCGUCCCUUCCUGGCUUGGGGCUCAAGGGGCUAAGCGUGAAGCUGAGAACAGGAGAUCCUUUAGUCCCUGGGCGGGACUUUAAUUCCCAGCCUGAGACUGGGGCGGCCAAAGGAGGGCUCCUGCCCUACCCUCGGCUGGCUCUGUGAUGCGGCAGAGGCUGCUGUGACUCCCUCCCAGUCCAAAGCAGCUCUCUGCAUAUUUGGAAGAAAGUCAAGCUUGGAAGCAGCUCAGUUUGUCACUGUUCCAGUGCCUCUUAGCAAAGUUUCCAUGCAGGCAGGAAGCGCCGCCAGGCAGUCGGGCAGCAGCUCAGGCUCCUGUGGGAAGGAAGUUCUGCUUCUCCCGGCCCAGGAGGUCGUUACUGGAGGCUGGGCUGGUGCACGGGAGCAGAGGCAGCCAAGCACUCGCACCCUUGUGCUUGCCUUCUCUCUGCCGAGCCCUGCAGGCUCUGCGGUGCUCCUGCCCUCGCUGGAGCGUGAGCUGCGCUGAGCCGCGGAGGUUGGCACAGAGCUGCCCUGGGCAGGCUGCUGCUGGGCGAGCCACAGGUCAGUCCUGCUGCAGCUGCUGCCGGUGGGGUGGGGGUGAGCAGUGCUGCUGGCCCUCUGUCCUGUCUCUCAGCCGGGAUUUUGGUUGACACUUUGCCUCUCAGUUGCCUCUGUAGGCAGCCGUAAUUCACUGGUGGAGAGGAGCCCAGAGGCAGCUGCCUCUGCUUUAGUUCAGGCUGGGCUGGCCAAGAACGUCCCUGAGGUGUCCAGCAACAUCUGCUGGCAAUGCCACCUAGGACCCAGCAGUGCCAGGCUGUGAUCCUGUGAGGAAAUGGAAAGAGAACAGACAGUGUGUGGACCACGGGGAGGGGAUGCACAACCUCUGCCCACUGCAUGUGCUGGCUGUGGACCCCUAGGUCCCUGUCCUCUGCCAGAAGAGGGUUUGUGGUGGGAGACUCUGGCAGUGUGCUCACCACAAAGGGUCCAGCACCCAAAGUGGGCACCGUGCCCGUGAGCACAGGGCUGCCAGCAGGUGCUUCGCAGGGGCUUGGGGGAUGUCUUUGCUAACAAGGUCUAACGACUCACCCUUAAUUAGCCUAGGCUGGGGAAGCCUCUCUGAGUGAGUCACUCUGUAGCCAUUUCAAAAUACCUUGGAGGCACAAAGCAUCGUUGUAAGGGAGGAUGAAAGGUGAUGAUUUUCAUGUCCUUUUAGAAAAAAAAAAAAAGAGAAAGGAGAAAUAAAUCAGGUGUAAUGAGUAGAAAGGCCACUAAAAAAACUGGCUUGGAAGCCAAAAUGCAUUUCUGACAUCAAAAUGUACCAUUCUCAGUGAUGUUUGUAUCACUUCUCUACCACAUGGUUUGAAGAGAGCAAACAAACCAAUCUGUGAUGUGAGUGAGUGUUGCUAUUUUAGAAUUUAUUGCCAGAAGUGAUUUUUUUUCUUAAAAGAUGUUUAAUAGCAAUUCAUAUAAUAAAGUCUUGUUGUACUCUUAA